UUUGGUGACGUCAUGUGUAGCUAGACACAGCCAGUAGGUGGGCUGGGCUGUGGUCCUGCUUUCUGCGUCUCACACCGCAAAAUAACACUCAAAACGAUCAUUUAAACCUAAUAUAGGGAUACAGAAACACCGCAGGAUGAGUUAGAGGCUGUAGUCCGUGUGUGCCAGUGCACUGAAACAUGGCUCGUUGCAGUCUCCACGUCCUUCUGCUGCUCUUGCUGCAGGCCCUGCAGACAUCAGCUGAGGACUCAGAUGUACAGUUGGUGUGUGUGUGUGAUAAGAUGAAAUGCCUGGACACCCAGUGCCACGGUACCCGGUGCUUCUCCUCUGUCAAAGUCGGAAGCAGCGGGAUGUUGUUUGAGCGUGGCUGCCUGAAGGGGUCGCAGAAAAUCCAAUUGCAGUGCUCCACAGCUCCGUCCUCCCAACAUGCCAUUUCCUGCUGCUCCGAGGACAUGUGCAACGGCAACACCACCAAUUUGCUGAUGUCUCUGCUUCCAACAGCCCCAGAAGGUGAGCCAGUUCGGUACCGUGUGGAGGCUUUGGCUCUCUUUGUUCUCGGUCCAGUGGUGGUUCUGGCUCUGCUGUCUGUAGUGUCAGUUUUGGCCUGCAGGAGGCUCCAUCACGGCCGUCUGCAGAGGCUGCAGGAGUUUGACACCGAGCAGGGAGCCAUAGAUGGCCUCAUCACCUCCAAUGUGGGAGACAGCACUUUAGCGGACCUGUUGGACCACUCGUGUACGUCAGGCAGUGGUUCAGGUCUUCCCUUCCUCGUCCAGAGAACUGUGGCCAGGCAGAUCAGCCUGAUGGAGUGUGUAGGCAAAGGGAGGUAUGGAGAGGUGUGGCGGGGCCAGUGGCAGGGGGAGAACGUGGCGGUAAAAAUCUUCUCCUCAAGAGAUGAGAAGUCCUGGUUCAGAGAGACAGAGAUCUACAACACUGUGCUGCUAAGACAUGAUAACAUACUGGGCUUCAUGGCGUCCGACAUGACCUCUCGCAACUCCAGCACCCAGCUGUGGCUCAUCACCCAUUUCCAUGAGAACGGUUCGCUUUAUGACUACUUGCAACGGGUUGCCGUGGAGACGUCAGAGGGCUUGGCGAUGGCGGCGUCGAUAGCUUGCGGCCUGGUGCACCUGCACACAGAGAUCUUCGGCACAGAGGGGAAACCGGCCAUCGCACACCGGGACCUGAAGAGCAAAAACAUCCUGGUCACAAAGGAGCUGCGCUGCUGCAUCGCAGACCUGGGGCUGGCUGUGACCCACUCCCAGGCAGACAACCUGCUGGAUGUGGGCAACAAUCCGAAGGUUGGCACCAAGCGUUACAUGGCACCUGAAGUGCUGGAUGAGACCAUUCAGACAGACUGCUUUGAUGCCUAUAAGAGAGUGGACAUCUGGGCCUUUGGGCUGGUGCUGUGGGAGAUAGCAAGACGAACAUACAGUAAUGGUAUUGUUGAGGAAUACAAGCCACCGUUCUACGAUCAGGUGCCAAAUGACCCCAGCUUCGACGACAUGAGGAAGGUGGUGUGUGUGGAGCAGCAGAGGCCUUUCAUUCCCAAUCGGUGGUUCUCUGAUCCUACUCUCUCUGCUCUGGUGAAACUGAUGAAGGAGUGUUGGUACCAGAACCCCUCUGCAAGGCUAACCGCACUGCGCAUCAAGAAAACCCUGGACAAGAUUCACAGCUCUCUGGAGAAGGGUAAGGAGUCGUGAGAGGGAGAGGAGCCUUGGCAGCUGCCUAAUGUCAGGGAUCGGCUUAGAGAAGACCCGGCGUUUGUAAAAUGAGGAAGGACGAUAAGGGGGACGGACAGAGGACCAGAGGAAAGAGUUGUUCAACUGUCAUCCAACCGCAUUCUUCUCUUGCUCUCUCACUUUCUCUGUGGUUGCCUUCCACCGACAUCCCUCUAUGACUUGGAGCCCACAGACGUUUGGACCUUCCCAGUCUGAAAAAGCCAGCCUUCGUUACAGGACACAAACUAGUUGCCAUUGUGCUCACACUGGCCUGAACUCUGUAGACUGUUACCGAGUGUGAAGAACAAGGAUGGCAUAUUGUAGUACUCCAUCCCAAUGCUUUAACGCCCAUGAAAGACUGCUUACACACACACACACCAAACACAUACUGAGAGUCUCUUGCAAUUCAAUUUCUGAUACCCAGACAGUGUUUUUGGCAUGUGGUGGUGGUGGCGGCAUUCUUCUCAGAGACAAUCAGAAGUGUUUCACUCAUUUAGCUUUAUUAGAACAUGCCAACUAUCGCCACAAAGACUCGCACUACAAUCCACACAAAUAUGUUCACAUACAAAAAGGAAAAGAGCCAAUCGUAUCAAAUUUGUUUUCAACUUUAUAAAAAUAGUAUGAUAUUUAUUAAAUCUCCACUGCUACCACACUACUGAAGAUAAUGUAAGACUGAUGGUGGGUGAAACGGACUGUAUACGUAGGCAUUUACUCUACUGGACUUUCUGUACCCAUAUUGUCAUUAUUGGAGCCAGUAAGAAAUGAUUUGUUGAGAAAUGGAGGAAAAGGUAGGGCAUUGUUUCCACUGAGCUUGUUUAUAGGAUUAUAGGAUAAAAUACUACAGAUACACAAUUAUCCUGUUGGUUCCUUGAAAAGAUGCACAGUAAGUUCCUGCCAGUAGGCAUUAGUCUGUAUCUUAUAAUAAGAAUGUGAUCCUCUCUGCCUGGCACACUUCCUAAACUCACUGUGGCUCUUCUGUGCAAGCAGAGAGGAAUCAAGGAAGACUUGUUUGUGGUAGAGCUAACAUUUUUAAGAUAUUGGAGGUGAAGUUAUUUUCUGUAGCAAGGUGGGCUUCCAUUAACUUCUCAUCUUCCAUCAUGCCACACUACAAGUUGCCUGAAUAACAAGAAAAACACUCCAUCUUCAUUUGGAAACUGUUAAUUCAAGAUUCAUUAUAAACAGAUAAAGUUGCCUAGGUGUACGGUUACAAAUUCAUUUCUUCACAAAUGCUGGGUUUGUUUUCGAAAGAAAUGUUGCUUUGUCUUUUUUAUAUGUAAUAAAACAGUUGAUGCACUCUUGCCUAGUGAUUAUCCAUACUGUAAGAUUUUUAUGUCAUGUACUUUAACCCCUCUUGGGCUGCCGAAAAAGUUGUCAAAAUGUCUUACUAUAGUAUGCAAUAAAAAUGUCACAAAAAGGUCA